AGUAAUAAUUGGGCGAGAAAAAAAAAAGUUAAAAACAGUGCUUGGCCGAGCUCGCGAGAUCCGAGACUCGCGUUCUUGAGAUCCUGAAAUCAUCGUGGAACCAGAGAGAGAAGGGCAAGCGGGAGAGGGAGAUGAGGAAGAAGCUCGGCACGCGAUUCCCUGCUUCACGAAUAAAGAAGAUAAUGCAAGCUGAUGAAGAUGUUGGCAAGAUUGCGUUGGCUGUCCCUCUUCUUGUUUCAAAAGCUCUGGAAUUAUUUCUCCAAGAUCUUUGUGAUAGGACUUAUGAAGUUACUCUCCAGAGAGGGGCCAAGACAGUAAACUGCAUGCACUUAAAACAAUGUGUGAAGAUGUAUAGUUCGUUUGAUUUCCUAAGUGAUGUUGUUAACAAGGUACCGAAUCUUGGUGGUGCUGAAUCUUGUGGUGAUGAGAAAGGAAUUUCCCGCAGAAGAAAAACAUUACCAAAUGAUGGAGAUACAGUGGCAGAUGAAGAGAUAAGGUCCCCAAAAAUGGCAAUGAGGGGUGCACAUUUUAGUGCAAGUCCAAGAGGCAGAGGACGAGGCAGAGGACGAGGAAGAGGGCGGCCCCCUAGUAUAAGAACAAUGGAAAUGCAUAAAGAGCAUGCCGAUGCUUAUAUGAAGUUCGAAGAUGAUAAUGAUAUGUCCCCUGAUCAUGGAGAGCCUCAUUCCAAAGAUAUCGGAGGCAUAGAGAAGGAAAAUGUUGCUGAGAAUGCAAACCCCCCUGAGAUUGUGGAGGAAACUAAAAGAGAGGAGUCUGCAGCGUGGCCUUUACCUGAUGAGGCAGCAAAGAUGGGCAUAGCCCCGUUAAAUGUUGUAAAUUUAAACAUGCAUAUUGAUGAGGAUGAGGACUACGACAACGAGGAUUAGGGAAAUUAAAGAGCUCCCUCUUUUGUGUGUAUGCUUCUAACAAUGUACUUGCUCUGUAAUUGUUAGUAGUUAGCUGAUGUUCUUCUUUGCCUA